AUGACGCGUUUCAAGAAGAAAGUUCAGGAAGCCCAACGCAAGAGCUCCACAUCCGCACAAGGCCAGCAGCACGAGCAGCAGCCAAAUCAGGGUACCGUAGCUGAGAGCACUGCGCCUGCAGAGGCGCUGCCCAACCAGCCCGUGGCAGCAGUCGUGGCGACGGGCGACAGUCUGCCCGCGUCUCUCCUUAGGAAACCAUCUGAAUUCAGAGAUCCCUCUGAGUCUCGGGGUAAAGGCUCAGUGGCUUUCCUUGGCCGUGACGGUCUACCUGUGGAGCCUUCCUCAUCACGGAUGAUCGCGAAAAGCCCCCCUGGGAAGGCCCCUGCCUUCUCCCAGGGCAGACAGGAGGCAGCAAACACCGCGGGCAAGGCGAGAACUCCCGGAGAUGCGAUGCCGAUUGGAACCAGAAAAAUGAGCAGAGAAGGUGGAACCUCAGUGCUCAGCACAUGUGAUCCUUCCGAGGUGCAUACUCCUGAGCCAGCGCCUGUAAGUUUAAGCAAAUCCGAUGACCUUCGUGGGAGCGGCUUGAGCCCUCUCCCAUCUUUGACUGGAUCCUUUGCCUUGGCGGUGACAGCUCAAGAGGAGGGGGAACGCUCUCGAGCGACCUGUACCGGCGGGGUCAAUUGGGCGUUCGCUCUUUUUUUCUUUUUGGAGGUUUUCGUCAAUUUCGACUCUGGAGUAGUUCCAGCGAUCCUCCCAACAUUGCAGAAGGAAUUCAAUCUUGACGGCGUAACUGAGGGCCUUUUGGGGGCUCUGCCUUACGUUGGGCUAAGCCUUAGCAGCCCAUUUGUGGGUCGCGGUCUGACGCUCUUCUCACCCAAAUAUUUUUGUCUCUUCACAAUGUUGGUCAACAUCGUUGCCACUGGCCUCUUUGGGCUUGCUACGAACAGGUGGAUGCUCUUCUUUUCCCGCUUCCUGAUAGGCCUUACGCAGUCUGGCAUUAGCAUCUACGCACCCGUGUGGGUGGACCGUUUCGCUCCCUCAGACAAGCUGACCCUGUGGAUGGGACUAGCACAAGGGGGUGUUGUUGUCGGCACCAUGCUCGGCUGUGUCACUGCGGGAGCGCUGGAUGCAGCCCGCCAGUCGGGCCUUGAAUUCUUCCAUUGGCGCCACGCUCUAGCAAUCCAGUUUUUAUGGUUGCUCGUUCUUGUGACAGUGUGGGGUUUUACUCCCCGCUCUCUGCUAGAAAUUCAGCUCAAGCCCUCAGCAGUAGAUGACAGUGACAUCGUCAGUUCUGUGAGUGCUGUUUCAAUGGAAUGUGUAGAAUUUGGGGCGUCGGGAGAAGAAAGCAUUUCCCAGAAUAAGGCAAGGAGUUUCCCACCUGCUUUCGCGGCAGCCGCCAACUCCCAAGGGUCUGAACGGAAGAACAGGCCGAUUCUGAUCGGAGCGACGACGAGUGUAGUGCCAACCUCCCCUAUGCAGUCAAGGAGAGGGAGAACGGCUCUUUGGUUCUUGAACGAAGAAGGGGGGCGAAGAGGCAGCCAGAGACGGCCUUGCUGCGAUAUGGAAUCGCGCGUUAUUUGUGUUGCUGUUUUGCUGGUGGUUUCAGAUCUUCCGGAGUAUCUAAAGGACCCGCUGUCAAACUUUUUGCCACUAGAUUUCUUCGCGUCCAAUGCGCAGCCUUGUCGAGUCUCGCGCCUGCAGUCCGCUGCAACCGCUGGGACGCGCCGGACAGAGAGCUCCCACCAUCGACAGAAUGGAUUUGGCGAGGAAGCAAUCGGGUAUAUGGAGGGCUCUUCACUGCCUCGAGGGAUUGGAGCUCCCCUGGCUCAGCGUGAAUGCUCUGUGGGGAGGGGUAAUUCUGCGUGCAACGAGAAGUGUUCCCGUGGUGUGUCGUUGCGGAGAAGGAACCCAUGGGGUCAUGAGGAAUCUUGUGGGGGGGGAAGGAGGCAAAGCUCAAACAAUUUUCAAUACCAGAUGACGUUUCUCACACCCCAUCCUACGACCCUCGCCUUUGAGGCCCUUAAUUGGGCGUCGGGGGCUCAAGACCCUAUGCUCUUGGUGCAGAGGGAUGCGCGGCAGCCACAAGCACCGUCGGCCCAGCAGAGUUCUGGCCGUGUUGAGGGAAGCUUUUCAGGGGGCGGCAACGGCAGAGGCACCCCAAGUACCAGCAGGGCAACCGCCGGGGAGCAAGCACCUUCGACAGUUUUGCAGGACGGUGAUGCACAGGACUUAUCAAAUAUUGAUUUGGAAAAGGACACUCAGGGGGCUCUGCCUCAGGAUGCGUGUGCAGAGAGGCGUCACUCGGUAGGUUGCUCCCUGGGAAGCACCCAUGCACUUUGCAGUAGCGCACAAAGCAAAGCUGUACCCACACAUAUUUGGAGGUGUGAGCUUAGCAAAGGAGUGAUGGGGAGAAUGCGUGGAUUGUCUUCUGCAAUUUACUGCAGACCAAGGCCGAUGCGUCAAGGGUCGCAGCCCCCAUUAAAACAUUCGGCGUCCGUGAUUCGAUUCGAAUUCUGUUUUCGUAGGUUUCACUGCAGUUCAGCUGUUAUUGUGGGUGCUCUUAUGUUGCUGUACAGCAAUUGCUGCUGUCUGGGUGGUGGUUUGCGUGCCCUUUUACAAGGCUUCGGGAGGUUCUCAUUUUGUCAGUGUCGUUUCUUCUGGUGCUUGGCUUUCAGGAGUCCUCUCUACGUGUGUGUCACUUUUUCUCUUUGCGCCCUCUUCUUUGAGGUCACCGCUAUUCAGUUCUGGUCGAUCACGUACUUCCAAGAGGUCCUCAAGCGUCCCGCGAGUACAGUUCUUGUGGCCUGUAAUGCAACAGCAGCUACAGCGCCCAUCCUGGGAGUAUUGGGCGGUGGUUGGCUCGUAGAUUUUGUUGGCGGGUACAAGGACGAGCGGGGAAUGCGUCGAGUUAUGGUGAUACUUCUGUCAUGGGCCACCAUUUGCUUCCUGCUGGGCAUUGCGGCGGGCUGUUCUACUAAUUUUUGGAUAGUCGUCCUCUGCAUGUGGUGGAUUAUGUUCUUUGGUGGGGGCAUCCUCCCCGCGGCAACGGGUAUCGUUAUUACUUCUGUUCCUGUGGAGGUCCGCGCUUUCGGCAGUGGUUUCUGCAUGAUGAUUUAUAAUCUUCUCGGAUACGUUUUGGGCACGUUUCUUCCGGGUAUUCUCAUUGAAGCUGCCAGCCUCGUUUGGGGCAUGAGGGUUAUAUACUUGUGGUCUUUUAAUGGCUUGGUGGGCUUGGCACUCGCUUGCUGCUUCCUGUGGCGCCUAGAGAUCAAGCCGACCUUCAUUUCGGACGUGGGCAGUGCGUCAACCUGGACGCAACAACAGGACUUUGAAAACGACAAUGCCCGGAGGGAAACACAAGAAGGCCUCCAACAAAAGGCAGUGUGUGUCCGUGUUAACUAG